CCCACAGCCUUUUCUUUUCUUGCCACCAACGGCGCCUCACUCCAGCCCCACCAUCAUCGUCAUCAUCAUCACCUUUAUUUACUUAGCCGAACAAUUUCCCUGCAGCAACCAUUCCUUCUUCAAUAAAUAAAUAAAUUUCAAUUUCGAUACCAUACGAUACCUGCAGGGAGGAGGAGGAGGAGAUUGAUUCCGGCUUGCUAUGAUUGUGGGCAGCUUGAUCUUCGUUCUGUCGGCCGCCUGCUUCGUCUUCCUGCUUCGCUGGUUUCUGCACCGGACGGCUCUGAUAUUCGUGGUCAGGAAAUGGACGGAGUGGGUCGGAGACCGAGUUCACGUCCACCAGCACUUCCGAGUUCCCGAGUUCAACGACUCAACUCAGCAGGAGAACCAGUUCUACCGCCGAGUUUCGCUAUACCUCAAUUCGUUGCCGUCCUUGGAAGACUCCGAUCACACCAACCUCUUCUCGGGGAGGAAACCUAACGACAUCGUUCUCUGCCUCGACGACGACCGGCCCAUCCACGACGUCUUCCUCGGAGCUCGAGUCGCGUGGGUGAAUCAAAUCCAUAGAGAUGGUUGGAAUCAUGUUGUAUCGCGGAGUUUCGUGCUCAGGAUUAGGAAAAAGGAUAAGCGCAGGAUUCUGAAGCCAUACCUUCAGCACAUACACGCGGUCUCCGACGAUCUCGACCAGGGCGGGAAAGAGUUGAGGAUUUACAGCUGCAAGGAUGGAAAGUGGAAACCGGUUCCGUUCAAUCACCCAGCCAACUUCGAGACGCUUGUUAUGGAUGUGGAUUUGAAAGCCAAAAUUCGAUCCGAUUUGGAGACGUUUCUCAAAUCCAAGCAGUAUUACAACAAAAUCGGCCGCGUUUGGAGACGCAGCUAUCUGCUCUACGGUCAUUCAGGGACGGGGAAAUCAAGCUUCGUCGCGGCGACCGCCAAUCUGCUCAACUUCGAUGUUUACAACCUUCAUUUGUCGCAGGUGCUCGACGACGCAGAUCUGAACUCUCUUCUGUUGCGAACCACGACUAAAUCUCUCAUCGUCGUUGAGGAUCUGGAUCGUUUCGUUUCGGAGAGAUCCAAGGAGCGAAUCACCUCCUCUGGUCUGCUGAAUUUCAUGGACGGGAUAUCGAAUUCACUGGAGGAGAGGAUUAUGAUCUUCACGAUGAACGGCAAAGACGGAGUAGACUCGGAUUUGCUACGGCCGGGAAGAAUCGAUAUGCACAUAUACUUCCCUCUCUGCGACUUCAGUUCGUUCAAGAGUUUGGCCAACAAUUAUCUAGGCGUGAAGGAUCACAAAUUGUUCCAACAAGUGGAGGAAAUCUUUCAGAGUGGCGCAACGAUGAGUCCGGCGGAGAUCAGUGAAUUGAUGUUAGUAAAUCGGAGCUCGCCAAGCCGAGCCUUAAAAUCCGUAAUCUCGGCUUUACAAUCGAACAAUAGGAAUGGGGGAAAGGUCGCGGCGGCAAGGUUGAGCGACAGCGCGGCCUCAUCUCCAGCUCCGCCGCCGCUCCCGGAGGAAGGCGGUGGCACACCCUGGAAGGAGACGGUGCCCAAGGAGUUCAGAAAGCUGUACGGGUUGUUAAAGAUGAAGAGCUGCAAGAGGCCUGGAUCGUUCGAUCAUGAUUCCGAGCUGAUCCAACGGUGACAAAUCUAUCUAUAGAUAUUAUAUGUGCGUGUGUUAGAAAAAAGAGGAUUACAUACAUACAUAGAUGCAUCAAUAUUGCAUUGCAUUGCAUUGCUGUUUGUUGUUGAAUGAUUGUCGUGUGAUGUGAUUCUUUUUUGCAAAUUAAAUUUUGUAGAUUUUUACAGAUACAUACAAAACACAACACUGCGACGUUUCAACCAAA